UUAAUCUGAAAAGCUCAGACCGGAAAUGGAUUUCUUAUUGACCUUAGCUUCAGUCAGUUAGCUGCUACCUGCAGCCGGAGGCCUCGUUCUUUGUGUUCCGCUCGUUUUUUGAAUAUUUAUCUCGUAGCUACGACCAUGGAGUCUGGCGAUGCAGGACGAGGAGGGUGGAUGUCAAGACCACCUCAGCAGCAAAAAAACAAGAUGAACAUGAAUAUUCUUCGGCAAGAGAAACUGAUAGCACAAAAGAAAAAGGAGAUUGAAGAAAGAAUGGCAGAGCAAGCAAAACUGAAUGCUCAGACAACAAGCAAGUCCCUACCUCCAAGUUUGCCCAUUCCACAGGGAGCGUCUUCAAAUAAAUUUGCAAAUGAUGGAAGCUUCUUACAGCAGUUCAUGAAGAUGCAAAAAGAGAAAGCUAAUAAUGCGUCGGAUUCCACCAGUGAACCCAGGGCUCCUUUAAGUUCAACUUCAUCUCCAACGGGAAACACUUUGCAGAAAAAGAGCGUUUUGGUUGGCCAGCGGUCUGGGAUUAAAGUUAGCAAAAUGCUUAGUCAGUUCAAGAGCUACUCCCAGCCCAAGAAGAACCCUGUUCUCAGCCAAAGGCCUAGCGUGUUUUCCUCUCCUGAUGAUGAAGAUGAGGACGAGGAGACUGAUUACUCCAAGUUCUUAGAGAUGAAAGUCUCUCCCCCAAAGGAUUCAGACACCAGACUCAUUAUCAACAAGAUGGCCUCUUUCGUGGCAGAAGGAGGACCUGAGCUGGAGAAGAAGGCAAUGGAGGACUACAGAGAUGAUCCUGUGUUCUCGUUCUUAUUUGAUAAAAGCAGCUUGGAGUAUCUCUACUUCAAACACCGAGUUGCAGUUUUGAAGAAGGAUUUGCAGAAAUCUGAGGAUAAAUCAGAAAAUGUCUCCCCCCCAGUGGACGUGGAAACCCAGCAAAUCAUUGAUAAUCUGGCCCGGUUUGUGGCAGAGGGUGGCCCAGAGGUGGAAGCCAUCGCCAUUGAGCGCAACAGAGAAAAUCCUGCAUUCAGCUUUUUAUACGACCAGCAAAGUCCGGCCUACCGUCUCUACAGAAAGAAACUACAGGAGUACCGCUCUACAUCUGACAGCUCUUCACCACCACCAGAAGAUUCCAGGACAGAUGUUCAGCGUCCAGCUGUGUCUUCAGCAACAGGAAUCUCUCCACAGUGGAACAGCACAUCGGUGCCUCAAAAUCAGGAUUUAGAAACGCCUCCUGUCAAACGAAAGAGGAAGAGCAGAUGGGGGUCUGAAGAUGACAAAGUGCAGUUGCCAAUUCCUCCGAUUGUUAUUCCCCAAGACAUUAAUGUUCCAGAUCCUAACACGCCCUCCCUAUCUGUUCAGGAGCUGAGUGGUCUUGGUUAUAAGAAGGGAAAGCCUCUUGGUUUGGUUGGCGUAACCGAAUUGUCUGAGGACCAGAAAAAACAAAUCAAGGAACAGCAAGAGAUGCAAGAGAUGUAUGAGAUGAUCAUGAAGCACAAACGUGCAAUGGCAGACAUGCAGAAGUUGUGGGAGAAAGCCAUUAGAGACCACCAGCAUGAGUAUGACAGUGACGAAGAUGUGGACCAAGAUGCCGGGACUUGGGAGCAUCAGCUGAGAAAGAUGGAAAUGGAGAAGACACGGGAGUGGGCGGAGUCUCUAACAGAAAUGGGGAAAGGCAAGCAUUUCAUUGGAGACUUCCUUCCCCCUGAAGAGCUGGAGAAAUUCAUGGAGACCUUCAAGGCGCUCAAGGAAGGCCGGGAUCCAGACUACUCGGAGUAUAAAGAGUUUAAGUUGACGGUGGAAAAUCUUGGUUUCCAAAUGCUCAUGAAAAUGGGCUGGAAGGAAGGAGAAGGCCUUGGCAGUGAAGGACAGGGAAUCAAAGCUCCUGUUAACAAGGGCACUACUGCUUUGAACGGAGCAGGGUUCGGAGUUGAACGUCCAGCUGAGCUAGCAAAAGGAGAUGAUGAGUAUGAUGCUUUUAGAAAGAGGAUGAUGCUUGCCUACCGCUUCAGGCCCAAUCCCCUGAAUAAUCCACGGAGGCCAUAUUACUGAUACAGAGGACUAUUUGUGUUUAUGCUUGUCGUUUAUUAUGAUUAAAGGGUAGCUUGUGCACCCUGCUGCUCAUAUGCUUGGUUUUAAAAUGAAAAACGGUUGAUGGUUGAAAUAUUUGAGUUCUUGUCUGUGAAAGAAAACAAUUAGAACAUUUCUAAAUUUAGAAAAAAAUGUCAGAAAGAUUUUGUGUAUUAAACUAAAUAUCGACUUUCUAUAAACAUUUGCUAAUCUGUCUGUUACAUCGCGAUACAUUUGUGUAACAUGGUAAACUAUAUGAAGACUUUCAUCACCUGGUUUUCAUCCGUAUUUCACUCCAGUUUCAUUUGGCUCCCGUACAGAUCAAUGCUAUCUCAGCUAAAUAACAUUUUACACAAGUACACAAUCUUCUGUGAAAUUUUCACACUGAGUGAAGUUGUCACUGUGUCGUAGUUAUUACAACGGAUCUGUUUAAUUUCCAUUGUACACAAUAAAAGGACCCUUCCCUGAAAUUUCCAACUACUGUACUUGUUUAUCUGGAAACAGAUUUGAGGUAUUCAUUCAAAUGUUUUGGAAAAAACUGUGUGCUAAGUGCUGGUAUUCAUGUAAUAAUAUUGACGCCUUCAUAACUUUUUGUUUCAGUAAAUAGUGUUGACUGGACUGGAGCAAACAGCGGUAGGGAGGGUGACAGAUCAGUGAAAUAAGACCUUCAGUUUUCCAUUCUCUAGAGAGGUUUACAUGGGACAAAUAUAACUCAUGAGUUCCCAGCUAAGCAAGAGCUCCUUUUUUGCCAAAUCAUCAAUCAGACACAGGAGAGGUCAUACAUGAGUAAAACUGGUGGUGUACAGAUAAUCAUUCAUAAAUCAGCAUGGAUAACGUGCUUUGAAAUGGUAAAAAGAAAAAUCAGCUAAUGCCAGAGUUUUUCAUACCACAGGCAAAGUUAAAGUUGUUUACAUUCAACCAAGAAGUUUGUUUCUGGUUGGAAAUGACAAAUCUCCAAAAAGAUUAAGAGGUAUUGCUUCACAAAUAACGGUCUGCUUUUAUUAAUGUCAUGUUAAACAUUAUUUAUACCUUUCUCAAAAAUCAGUGGGAAACAAUUAUUGGCAUUACAGUCAAACCCUUCUUAUAGUUGCUAACCAGUUUUUUUGCAUGUUUCUACUUGUAUUUAAAUCAUCUUUUGCGAUGGGCUCCAGGUUUUUAAGGCUGGAAUGCCUCCUUGCCAUUACCCUAAUCUUAAGAUCCCUCUACAGAUUCUCUAUCAGAUUCAACUCUGGCUCGGGCACUCCGAAACGUAAUAUUAUUUCCAGUCAGAAGUCAGACUACUUUAAAUCUAAAUCUGCCACCACAUACAAUUAAGACUGCAAAUGAUCCUGUGGUUAUAAAUGUUAAAUGUGUGAUUACGGCCAUAUUCCUUAUACCUAUACAUUAGCUUAAGCUUCUUAAUUUGAAAUAAAAACAAAUAUUUCUAGGCUUUAAGCUGUCUUCUUUUUUCAGUCAUUAAGCUUUAUUUUUUUCUUCUCUUGAAUUUGCUUUGUUUAUUAAUUUGGUUGUUUGGCACAACUGAUUUUACAUUUAUCUAUGGUCCCUGUACUGCCAUUUUAUCUUUUUAUUAAAUAAACAUGAUCUCCCUUUGAAAAUACUGGA